AUGGCUGUGGAUCUUGGGAUUACUAAAGGAAGCACACUAGGAAAAUGCCACGUGGUGGAGGACAUCCUCGGAGAAGGCGGCUUUGGUGUUGUCGCCAAAUGCCGCAAUACAGAGACCAACAAGGCAGUAGCGGUCAAAGUCAAUAAGAAUGAGAAAGAUGUUUUGGAACAGGCAGUGGAUGAAAUUGCCAUCCUAAAACGGCUGCGGUGUCUCGAGCCAGACACCUGCAACAUUGUCCAGUGGGAUGGCAUUUUUUUACACAAGGAGAGUAUAUGCAUCACCUUUGAACUCCUUGAUCAAAGCCUGCACCAUUACCUGCAGGAGCAAAACACCUGGGGUCUCACCAUGGGAGAGCUGAAGCCUAUUUUGCAGCAGCUGGCGACUGCUCUGGCUCAUCUUCACUCCAUUGAGAUCGUACAUGCUGAUAUAAAACCAUUAAAUGUCAUGGUUGUGGACCGCCAUCAGCAGCCAGUUAAAAUCAAACUUAUUGACUUUGGCCUGGCGCGUCCAGUGGCAGACAUCAAACAAGGUCAGCUCUUUGGGACUCACUGGUACAGGGCACCAGAAAUGUCCCUUGGAAUACCAUUUAGGGAACCUUUGGAUGUGUGGGCUCUGGGGCUUGUAAUGGCUGAGCUGGUAUUGGGGUGUGCACUGUACCCAGGAAAAACGGACUAUGAUGUACUCAAGUUCAUUGUAGAAACUCAAGGCCAGCCACCGGACGACGUCCUGGACCGUGGACAGUGCACUCAGAAUUAUUUCUGUAAACAGAACUACGGAACACCACGCUGGAGAUUUAAGUCUCCAGAAGACAUGUAUUAUGAGUAUGGAUUCUAUGCAUCAGAGUCUAGGACUGUCAAACUCAAGUCUCUUGAUGAACUUGAGGAAUACAUGGAGCCAGACGUGGAACUUCAAAGGGAUCGGAAGAUGCUGGUCAAUUUAAUCAAAAGCAUGCUGAACCUAGAUGCAAGUAAGAGGAUUACAGCUCAAGAGGUUUUGGAGCAUCCAUUCUUUGCUUCAAGCCUCCCUGAGAACUCCUCAGAAAACGCUGGUGAAGCAUUAGCUUACACGAAAGACUAUACUGUCGUGGUGAAGAGGGAGCUGAGCCGCAAGGCGAAGCUCUCGUUGUACCAGUCCAUCUUCGUCCCAACCCUCACCUACGGUCACGAGCUCUGGGGUGGCUGGGCUCAGCCCUAG